AUGGCUGAAGAUAUACCUCGUCAGACAUUUCUGAUCAAGGAUCUACCAACGAAAUCUGUGACACUCUACCCUGCACGCGCCCAUAUUGUCAGGGAAAUUCGAGAUGUCAUUCUUCGACCAGGCCAGAAUGAGAUCGAGAUCUUCGGUCUCACGGCCGAGGCCGACCAGAACUCCAUUCAAGUGGAUGGAAAGGGAUCCGCCACGAUAACCGACAUGACUCUGGAGCUCAUACCGAACAAUGAGCAAUUUUCGGAUGUGUAUCCGAGCGAGUCCAAUUCAUCCGAGGAUGAGGAGGAUGAUUAUGAAGACAGUGACGACGAAAUUGAAUCCGUCAAAGUUCUGACACAUAAAAUUAAACAAAUUGACCUCGAAAUCGAGACUGCAAGUGAGCAGCAGAAGAGCGUCGAACGAAGGUGCAACACCUUGGACGCUUAUGCGAAUGGUAUUACCGGUGCGACAGGCGGAGUGAAAUUUUCAGCUAAGGAGGUAUCUGAAGCUUUGUCGAUGUAUGAAGCCGAGCGGCGAGAACUAUUUUCUUCCCACAAAAGUGCCGAGCUUGAGUUGAAAAAGCUGCGGAAGCAAAAGGCUAGGCUGGAAAGCGAAAGGACAAAAAUCGGAAGAGAUGAAAAAAGGCGAAAAGCACGAACUAAGAGAGAUAAAGAAAAACAGAAGGAGCAGGUUCGCCGACGGAAGGAAGAAAAGAGAAAGGAAGCCGAGCGAGCCAGGUCAGAAAAACGCAAGUUCUGGGCAAACGACUACUAUAAGAUUACAUUGGGCCUUGAGACAUCCUUAGACUCGCCUUCAUCCUCGCGUCGGAACUCUUUAGAUUCUGUCACACUGUCCGGAUUGCCUCUUACUGACCCCAAAGAUAAAUCAACUGGCUCGGUUUCUUUUCCAGAGACGACUGUGACAUUAUUACUUUCAUACGUUGCCAACUCUGCAUUUUGGACACCGCGUUACGACUUGAGCAUAAACUCGGUGAGAAAGUCCGCAACAAUCGUGUAUCGAGCCGAAUUCACCAACGGCACAUCUGAGACGUGGAAGGACGCAAAAAUCAUUCUAUCCACCUCCCAGACUUCUUACUCUGGUCUUGAUGAUAAAGCGCCUUUUAUGCCUAGCUGGCAAGUAAAGCUUGGGCGAUCAUGGGAUAACAACUCUGGUGGCUUGCUUAGCAUCUCUGAACUCAAAGGCCACAGAUAUCAGAACGCUUUGUCGCAACAAGCAAGUAAGGCUAACUACAAAAUGAAGGCUUCUGCGAACAGUAGUUUUUCUCCUUGGGACACUGCUCCACCUCAGAUCAAAGUCGGCGGCCUAUCUGGAUCAUCGAUUCCAGCACAGCAAGUGUCUGGUAGUAACAAUCUCUACGAGACUCAAACAUACGUGCCUCAUCCGCCGCCUACCAUAAAUUCAGGGCUAUCUGUAAGCAUCACUAAGGCCCAGAAGACUCAAAACACUAGCUUAGGGGCCCUCGGCGCAUCAGGUGGUAGCAGCAUGGAUAAAGAAUUGAAGAAGCGAGGAAGUAGGCUUGGCGGUGGCAUUUUUGGAGGCGGAGGAGCUCCUAAAGACGACACGAUGUCCAACAAUUCAGCCAAGGGGGAAUAUAUCGAGUUCGCAGCGGAUGAAACUGUGGCCGAUGAAAAUUACGGCCAGGAGGGAGAAGCCGACAACGGCCUUGAUUUCGAGGAAUCUGUCUGGGAGGAUAAUGGUCUCACAGCGAACUAUGAGCUGCCCGGGAUUCGGACGCUCGUUCCAUCUUCAACCGCGAGGAGACACAAAAUAGCGUCACUCACUGCGGUGAAUAUUCAGCUGUCUUAUGUUUCAGUACCGAAGCUACGCUCAGCCGCGUUUCUGCGAGCUAAGAUUCGAAAUCCAUCAAGCACUGUCACACUUUUGAAGGGCAUGGUAGGAGUGACUCUGGAUGGGUCGUUCCUAGGAAAUAUAAAUUUUCCUCGAGUAUCGCCAAACCAAAUCUUCAGCUUGCCACUUGGUGUCGAUCCAGCCAUUCAAAUCAGCUACCCGAAGCCAAACGUUCAUCGCACCACUUCAGGCUUUAUCAACAAAGAGUCUGCACACACAUUCCAACGCAGCAUCUGGAUCACAAAUACCAAAUCCACCCCUGUAGAACUCUUGGUUAUCGACCAAGUCCCUGUAUCACAGGACGAACGUCUACGCGUAUCGAUAUUGCAACCACGCGGCUUGAACAAAGAGGGAGAUGCUACUAAGGCGGGACAGUCAGCGAAGGAGGGAGCAAAUGAAGUCGUACCAACAACGAACGGAAAAAACGCAGCUUGGGGUAUGGCUACUGCCACGCUGAAGAAGAACGGUGAAGUCAACUGGACUGUCAAUCUGGAGAAGGGAGGUGCAUGUCUGCUCAAAUUAGAGUAUGAAACACGAAUGCCCAGCGGCGCAAGCAUCGUUGAGGUGGAAGGUUAUGUUAGUAAAACCAAUGACUAACUUUAGGAGAUAUAUCAAGUUCGCGAAGCUUGCUCAUCUCGCCGAAGAAGUUCGAAAUUGGAAUAGCCCUUCCUGAGAAGCUCUACGAGAAAGAAUUCAAGGGAUCGCAAAAGGCAAGCCGCAACUUAGUGAGACGACCAUAUCAAGACGGCCCAAAUGAAUGUUGCUGGAGCGUCCGUCGAAGAAUGCAAUGUUACUUGAGAUAUGAAGACAACGGAGUAUUGUUGGAAAUGGAGACAUUGUUCUGCCGUCGAAUGUUUUGCCAUUAGAACGAAAGUCUAAUUUUGGCGAAGGCUCAAUUAUAUAAUCAUUUGAAAUGUUUGAUUGCAUCUGUAAGAGGCGGCUCAGACGUUGAAUGCCAUACUCAAUUUCCAAGACCUUGUCUUGAACAGCUU